CACUCCAUUCCGUCCUGUCUGAUCUAGGCAGUUGUUCUUGAUCUUCUGCGAAGGGAAAGAGGAGAAUUUUAAAUGCAAGGCAAGUUGUGAAGCAGGCGAGACGGGCCCGUCGGUGCUGUGGGUUGGCGCAGCCCUGGGAGCGCUCGGACCUGCCAAGAUUUCUCAGCUGGGUUGGGUCCUGGCUUCUUUCACCUAAAGAGGGGAACUGUGGACUCAGAAGCAAGUCUGCGGUCUCGGUGGCGCUGCGUCCCACCUCGUGCGUUUUACGGACAUUAAGGAUAAUUAGGACAGCCUCAAGAUCCAGAUUAAACUUGAGCGAAAGAUGAUGUAGACUGAAGGGAAGCUAAGAGAGGAGGCUGAGGAAUUCUCUGCAAGAGUUGUGGAGGUAAUCCUUUGGAGAUUGUGUCAAGAUGUAGAACUUUGCUCCCUGGACUAUAAGCACAUCUCCUGAUUGAAGCAGUGUAAUGAAAACAAAAUUCACUUUGCUUUAUGAGCUGAUUUAACCCUGAGGGCUCGUCUUCACUACUGGGGAGAUGGACACUUCUCUGAAGACCUGCUAAAUCGACGGUAGAUCGCUCUCCGGUCGAAACCCAGGACUCCACCUCUCCAAGACGAGUAAGGGAAGUCAACUGGAGAGAGUCUCACGUUGAUGCAGCUCACCGGGAUAAGUCGACCUAAGCCAAAUUUACUCCAGCUACGUUAUUCACUAAGCAAGAAAGACCUGGGAGACUUUUCACUGAGCUGUUUUCUUUCCUGCUUUUAUCAAUGGAGUCUGAAUCUUACAAGGUUGAUAUGAAGAUAUACAUUCUGAAACACUGAAGCAGAGGAAGAGCUCCGCCAGAAGCAUGAAUGAUGCACAGUUUCAAUCUGGUUCAUUUCGAGCAGUUUGAGUUGUGGUGCCGUGAGAGAUGCUGUUGUCCAUGACAGGAUGGGAUUAUUAUGAUCAAAUACUCUAUUUUGACUUCUCCCAGUGGCCAAGAGCUUCAUAUGGUAGACAGCCAAGGACUGGACUUUUACUAAUAGUGUAACAGGCUCGUGACCGAGGAGUAGACAACAUCGGUGGAGUCAUGCUUCACACGGCCACAUCAUUCUGGCAGCCAUUCCUAGGUCUGGCUGUGCUGCUCGUUUUCAUGGGGUCUACCAUAGGCUGCCCAGCCCGCUGUGAGUGCUCUGCCCAGAACAAGUCUGUUAGCUGUCACAGGAGGCGCCUGAUCUCCAUCCCUGAGGGUAUCCCUAUCGAAACCAAAAUCCUGGAUCUAAGCAAGAACCGGCUGAAGAGUGUCAACCCUGAGGAAUUCAUAUCCUACCCGCUGCUCGAGGAGAUAGACCUCAGCGACAAUAUUGUUGCCAAUGUAGAGCCUGGAGCCUUUAACAAUCUUUUCAACUUGCGCUCUCUGAGACUGAAAGGAAACCGUCUGAAGCUAGUCCCGCUAGGGGUAUUCACAGGGUUGUCAAACUUAACAAAGCUUGAUAUAAGUGAAAACAAGAUUGUCAUUUUGCUGGACUACAUGUUUCAGGAUCUGCAUAACCUGAAGUCCCUUGAGGUUGGGGACAAUGAUUUGGUUUAUAUAUCCCACAGGGCCUUCAGCGGACUGCUUAGCCUGGAGCAGCUCACCCUGGAGAAAUGCAACCUAACAGCUGUACCAACAGAAGCCCUUUCCCACCUUCACAACCUCAUCAGUCUGCAUCUGAGACAUCUCAACAUUAACCUUUUGCCUGUGAAUGCCUUUAAGAGAUUGUUUCGCCUAAAAGACCUGGAGAUCAACUAUUGGCCUUUGCUGGACAUGAUGCCUGCCAAUAGCCUGUAUGGUCUCAACCUCACUUCUCUCUCAGUCACCAACACCAACCUGUCUGCAAUACCUUAUUCUGCUCUUAAACACCUGGUGUACCUGACACACCUAAACCUCUCCUUCAACCCCAUAAGCACCAUUGAGGCAGGCAUGUUUGCAGACUUGGUGCGUCUGCAGGAACUGCACAUGGUGGGGGCCCAGUUACGUACCAUUGAACCACAUGCUUUCCAAGGGGUCCGGUUCUUGCGUGUACUUAAUGUGUCCCAGAACCUGUUAGAAACGCUAGAAGAGAGUGUAUUCCAUUCCCCCAAAACUCUUGAGAUCCUCUGCAUUAACAACAACCCCCUGGCGUGUGAUUGCCGUCUCCUUUGGCUAUUACAAAGGCAGCCCACCUUACAGUUUGGUAGCCAGCAGCCCAUGUGUGCCGGCCCAGACAGCGUCAGAGAGAAGCUGUUCCAAGACUUUCACAGCACCGCCCUUUCCUUUUACUUCACCUGCAAGAAGCCCAAGAUACGGGACAAGAAACUGCAGUACCUGGUAGUGGAGGAAGGACAGACUGUGCAGCUGAUGUGCAAUGCCGACGGGGAUCCUCAACCUACCAUCUCCUGGGUGACGCCGCGAAGGAGGCUGAUCACAACUAAAUCGAAUGGAAGAGCCACGGUGCUGGGAGAUGGCAUGCUGGAGAUCCGAUUUGCUCAAGAUCAAGACACUGGGAUCUACGUUUGUAUUGCAAGUAACGCCGCUGGGAAUGACACAUACUCAGCCUCCCUUACGGUAAAAGGAUUCACUUCAGACCGUUUCCUUUACGCCAAUAGGACCCCUAUGUAUAUGACAGACUCCAAUGACACCAGUUCCAAUGGAACCAAUGUGAACACCUUCUCGCUGGACCUUAAGACAAUACUGGUGUCCACAGCCAUGGGCUGUUUCACAUUCCUUGGCGUUGUUUUAUUUUGUUUCCUACUUCUUUUUGUGUGGAGCCGAGGGAAGGGCAAGCACAAAACCAGCAUUGACCUUGAGUAUGUCCCCCGCAAAAACAAUGGUGCUGUUGUUGAAGGAGAGGUUGCUGGACCACGGAGGUUCAAUAUGAAAAUGAUUUGAUGGUAUACUGCUAGCAGUGCUUUUCCUGUGGCAUUAUAACCAAUUAAACAAGCCUGGCAUGUGGAAUUGCUAGGCGGAGGCAGCUUAAUGCAGCUGUCAUUGUGUCAAAUGGUUACGUGGAAAUGGAAAGACUAUUUGGGGUUGUACAGUAGAGCCUCCUAACCUGGAGGCAUGUGUGUCAGGGCCUUUCAAAUAGUUGGUAAACGGUACUAAUUGUUUGCAUUGCAAAUAUUGGCAUUCUGGGGAUCUCAGUAAUGAACUGUUGGCUCAUGUUCAUGGACAGUUGUUCAACAUUUUCUACCACAACAAAAAAGAAAAAGAAAGGAAAAAAACCUACAGUGUAGGAUUUACAUAUUUAAAAAGACACAUUUGUCUAAAACAUACUCUACAGUGAAAUUUGUAUCUAUAGAUCUCAUUUGUUAAAGCCUUGCAUCAUACCUUAUAGUUGGUUCAACACCACAAAGAAAUUGAUCUUAUCUUUUUUUAAUAUACAUAUAUACUGUGUACAUUUUAAAGCAAUAUGAAUGAGAGUUUGUGCUUUGAGAUAUCCACCGAGACUGACCCAAGUGUGAUGUCACUCCUCCCCUUAACUACAGUCAAACCCCAAAUUAGACCUCUGUAGUUCCCGAUGAGACAACACAAGAUACUUUUGUUUUCAUGUAGAAGACCAGAGAGGCAUAGCUUAGGGCACAAAUGUUCUGCUCUGUUGAUCUUCUCUUCAUAUAAAUAAAAGGCGUGUGCCUAGUUUUGAUACAGAAUGGAAUAUUUUUUAUAUCUGUGAUAUCACACUGGACCAGUUUACUGUAACAAAGCCCUGGUUCUCACCCAGGAGAACCCAACCUACUAGGCAUAGCAGACAUAUAAAGGAGAUAAAUUAUACUUUGAAAAAAGAGAUCUGUUUUUGUCACCCCUUGGUUUUAAUUUCCAAGCCAUUGUUAAAAUGUUAAUGUGUACUGGGGGGGAAAGAAAGGAGGUAAUGCAUUCUGUGUACUCCUAGGAAAAUAUGGUCACCUUAGUAUUUGAGGGAGUGAAUUAAAAUGUACAAAAGCUCUGUUGAUAGGAAUGAACUCUUCUCCAAUGCCAAUAAACCAGGGUUAUCCAUGCAUAAUACAAGGAUUAUGCGACUAAAGAAAUGUUUAAAACAUGAUAGCCUCCAAAAGGCCAAAGUACUGCCAAUUAUAAUGAACUUCUAGCCACUGUCAAGCUCAUCCCAUAUAUUUAUAAAUAACACACAAACACAAAUGCUAAUUUCCAUUAACAGAUUACUUCAGCUAUUCUAUCUGCCAUUUUAAUAACUGUAUUGUCUUGGGGUUUUGGGGACAAUGGCCCAGAGCAGGAGGGGGCAAUCUGUGUUUUUAUGGAGAGGAGAAGGCAAGGGGAACGUUGGUUAUGUUUAUAUACGUGUUUGUUUUAUUCCUCUAAAGAUCAUGCAAAAAGGGCUCGGAACUGGAACUGUAAUGUCAAUUCAUUGUACUGUUGGUAUCAAAAAAGAUAUUUUAGAGUAGUAGUAUUUUCCAACUCUUGGUGGGAGAGGGUAGUGUUUAACCACCUUUUCAUGUCCUAAUAAAUAUGAGCCAUAGAUUAAUUUAUUUUAAUGUUUGGUUGACAAUUAUAUAUGAUUUAUAAAUUAUUUGGAAUAACUUUGA